GGCAGGAAGAGUCCAAUGGAGUUUGCAAAAGAAGUGGUAAAAGAAGCAGAUCAGUAUAAUGGAUUUAAUCUGAUAUUAGCAGAUCUUUCUUCCAAAACCAUGGUUUAUGUCUCCAACAGACCAAAGGGGCAGCCUGCUUCCAUUGAAUUAGUUUCUCCGGGUAUUCAUGUGCUUUCAAAUGCAAGGCUAGACUCCCCCUGGCACAAGGCUGAGCGUUUGAGUGAGAAUUUCAAGCAACUAUUUGGAAAAUAUGGCGAAGGUGAAGUCCCUGUAAAAGAGAUGGUUGAAGAAUUGAUGACUGAUACAGUUAAAGCAGAUGAAAGCAGACUACCUCAUAUUUGUUCUACCGAAUGGGAAUUAAAGUUGAGUUCCGUAUUUGUAGAAGUAGACACUCCACUGGGGUGUUAUGGCACUAGAAGCACUGCUGCAUUGACUCUGACAACAAGUGGAGAAGUAAGCUUUUACGAGAAGUAUCUUGAGAAUGAAGCCUGGAAGGAGCACACCACCAAUUUUCAAAUAAAGAAUCCUGAGAACUAGAUAGAGAGAGGUGGUGCAAUCCAGAUUUUAGUGUGAGAAGUUGCAAACAGUACAUUCUCUUUGAAUAAUAAAAUAAAGAGGUCAUCCUCCCUGACAA